AAAUGUUGUUUUUAUAGCAAGAAACGUGUGGUAAUUUUGACAACUGAUGCUAUUUAUACUGUAGAAACAAAUAAAGGCAAACAAAAUUGAUGUUUUGUCCAUCAAUUAAUUUUUUUUUGAGAUAUUUGGCGAAGUUUUAUCAAGUGAAAAAGUGAAUUUUUCGCAUAAUUUCGUCUAUUGUGAUUUGUUUUCUUUGUGCACUAACCUCAAUUUAACUCUUUUAAAUUAUGAUUUUGUGCUUUUGAAACGAUCACAGUAAUCGUACACACAGGUUAUCAGUAAACAGCUGUCAUUGCUUGGAUCUCUCUGUGUAUGAAAACCACUGAUAAACAUAUCAGCUAAAAAAAUGAUUCAUAAAUUGUUGUCGCGACCAGUAUUGAGUAAACUAUUACAAAAUAAUAUCAGACUAAUGGCUACAGGCAAGGAAUUGCCAGCUACCGAUUUGGUGUUGGCCGAAGAAAUCGGAGAUAAGGGAUUGUUGACCUUAAAUCGGCCAAAAGCAUUGAAUUCAUGCAAUUUUGAGAUGGUUAACAAAGUUGGAAUUGCUUUGGACAACUGGAAGAACACAAAGUCAAUAAUAAUCAUCAAAGGCGUUGGGGGAAAGGCAUUCUGUGCUGGAGGUGAUGUAAAAACAAUCGUCGAAGCUGACACUCCUGAAGUUGGCAAAAAAUUCUUCGGAACGGAGUAUGUUAUGAACUACGACAUUGGAACUUUGACGAUUCCGUACGUAGCGUUGAUCGAUGGCAUUACGAUGGGUGGCGGUGUUGGUCUGUCAGUUCACGGGAGAUAUCGAAUUGCCACGGAAAAAACACUGUUUGCCAUGCCAGAAACAGCCAUUGGCCUUUUCCCUGAUGUAGGCGGUUCAUACUUCUUGCCACGUCUUCAAGGCAGACUUGGUUAUUACUUGGGAUUGACCGGAUUCCGACUAAAGGGCCAAGAUGUGUUCCAUGCUGGCGUUGCCACACACUACUGUGAAAGCGCUAAAAUUCCCGAAAUCGAAAAAGCCUUGCUCGAACUGAAAAACACUAAAGACGUUGAUAAUGUUAUCAACGAUUUUUGUCCGAAGCCUAAAUCAGAAUUCGUAUUAGCAAAACAUCUCGACCAAAUCAAUAAGACAUUUAAUGCACCUACUGUGGAGGAAAUUUUAAGCAAUUUGGAAAAGGAUGGCAGCGAAUGGGCACAGAAAACAAUUAAAACUCUUCGAACCGUUUCACCAACCAGUUUGAAAGUGACACUCCGUCUACUCGAUCUCGGAUCGAACUUUUCGUUAGGCGAAUGUUUGCAGAUGGAGUAUCGCUUGGCGGUGCGUUGCGUUGAAGAUAGUGACUUCCAUGAAGGUGUUCGUGCUUUACUCAUUACAAAGGACAAUAAUCCGAAAUGGAAUCCACCACGCAUCGAAGAUGUCACCGAAGAACGAGUUAAAUCAUUCUUCCAACCACUUCCAAACAACGAAGACUUGAAAAUAAACGUGAAAUUGAACUCAAAAUUGUAAACACGACCUAGUCCAAUGGCCAAAAUUAAAUCAAAAUCCCGACCAUGAAAAGAAAACAGUUCUAAACUGCUGCUAUUGAAUCAUCAAGAAUGUUGUAAAAAAAUCUCGUACAAAUAAAAAUUUUAUAUUUUCAAUUUUA